UUGUGUCUGUGUCGGACCACGAUUUCGUGCGGUUCGGGAAUGCCUGGCCACGACUUGGACGGCUAUUACGCGGUCAGCCCGCCGUUGGGCCAGGUCGGUUGGUCAUUCGGACGAUGAAAUUUAACGCCCCCGCGCGUUCGUAUGCAGAGUGCAAGUGUUAAGCGAGCGAGAGCGGUCCAGGCGCGCCGAAAGAAGAUUGUGAUCAAAUAGUGAGUGGAAAAGACGUGGCAAAUGUGGUGAAAGAUGGCGCGAUUUGAGGAAAAUUAUGAGAUUCUGGAGUCGGAUCGGCUGGGCAGGUACCUGGUGGCAAAACGCGACUUGGCACGCGGCGAGCUGAUCCUGGUAGAACGUCCAACCGUCGUCGGGCCACACUGGGACUCGGACGUUUGCUGCCUGAACUGCUUUCGUAACUCUUGCACCAUUUGCCGUCUGUGUCGACGGGCCCCCCUCUGCUACGACUGCACCGGCCAUGACGAGGCCGAGUGUCGCUUCUACCGCGAGUCCAACUUGGACAUCAACUUCCUGUUCAACCACUUCAAUGUCGUCACGUCGGUUCGGUGUUUGCUGCUGUACCGUACUGAUCGGGAUAGGUUCUGGGAGAUGCGACGGAUGGAGGCACAUUUGGAGGAGCGGCGUGGUUCGGAGAUUUGGGACAUUCUAAGCAAGUAUGUCGUUGAACCGCUGCUUCAAAACGGGGCAUUUGACCGGGUUGGGGACGGUGAAGGCGAAAAAAUGACCGUAGAUGAAGACCUGAUUCAGCACUGCUGUGGCGUGUUUGACGUAAACGCAUUUGAAAUUCGUGGCAACGGAACCAACCAGAGCGUCCAGCAGAACUGCUUUGUCCGCGGGUUGUACCCGCGGGCAGCCCUAAUGGCCCACGAUUGUGUGCCGAACGCGUUCAUUUCCGUUGACGGUGAGUCCAACCUGCGGGUGUACGCCGCGGUUCCGAUCGUGAAAGGCCAAAUGGUGCUCUUCAACUACACCAGAUGUUUGUUUGGCACGUUCGAGCGGCGUGCGCAUCUGCGCAAGGGGAAGUACUUCCUGUGUACGUGCGCCCGCUGUGAAGAUCCAACCGAGUUGGGCACCCACCUUUGCUCGGUGCGGUGCACCAAUUGCUCCGCGGGACUGUGCUCGUACUACAGCAAAGAAACGAAAUGGAAGUGUGACAAGUGUCUACACGAGUUAACGCGGGAGUACGUAAAACAGGUGUUUACUAAUGCCAGAAACGAUGCCAUGGCGCGAUCUUUUGAGAUCCCCGAGCUUGAAGAAGCCAUCACAAGACACUCGGCCACGCUGAAUCCCCGAAACUCCCUCGUCCUAGAGCUCAAACAAACCCUGGCCGGUGAGCUGCGCAAUCUGUGCCUGGCAUCUCAUCCAGCCAACGUCCCACGACAUCUGCUCCAGCGCAAGCUUGAACUCUGCGCCGAACUGCUGGACGUUCUGCGCGUUCUCGAACCCGGAAUCUCCCGGCUGACCGCCAUCGGUCUGUACGAGUACAACGUCUCGCUGUGGAAUGUGGCCAGGAAGAAAUUUGAAACUAAGGAGAUUUCGGCGAAGGAAUUGCUGGAUAAUCUUAUCAAAGGAGAAUCAGGUCUGAAGCAGUCCAUCAGCAUGUUACUGUUCGAGCAUCCCACAACUCCAGAAGGUCAUCUGACCAAACGGGCGAUGCAGGACUUGAAGGAGCUAAGGGAAGAGAUCGCGCAAGUUCGAGCACUUGUUUGUUCAAAUCUAAAAUCUCCGGCGGAGGAUAAACCGAGCAUCAUCGACUAGGUGAGUUUUUCGUUAAUCUAGCUUAAAAUAAACAACUAGGAUUCAACUAAAA